AUGUCUACGUUCCUCACCGAUCCGGCGCCGAUUUGUGAAAGGAUAUUUCCCGAGGGCGGUUGCUACGACCCAGUCCAGCCACCACCAGGCUUCGUGGGCUCUGCCCAGGAGGUCUGUGAACAGCCAACGGGCGACUGUGGCAGCGAGCUGCAGCUGCGGGGAUGCAUCGAGCAGCAGCCCUGCAAGCUUCUGGAGCUGGACAGCUGCUACUUCGAAGCCAUAGGCUGUGCAGGGCUCAUGGGCGGUGAGUCUUGUCAGAUCUACUGCCGUUCACCAUCGAUUCGCAAGCGGAAGAAGGUCGGUAGGGCAGCGGUGGGAAGAUGUCCUCUGCACGACACCGACCCUUCGCAGCCACUGAGCUACGUUGUGUUCCUGAACGACGCCGACGCAAAGAUGGUUCAUGUUCGCAAGACGAAAUUCACGUUGAAGCUCGAGGCCACUGGCAUGGACGUCCAGCACAAGCCGGAUGCACGCGCCGUGCUCACUUUGGGCAAGGACAGGGCUUGGAAGGACUACUGCCAGGAGUGGCUGGACAAAGGCGACAAUGAGAUCUACCUGGGAGCCGCACUGUCGCUUCGUGGCACCCGUGCGCGGCACACCCGCCUCGCACACGGCGUGGCGAAUUGCACGUGGAGGCGAGAUCACCUCCACAUCCACAGAUUACGGAUCUCUCGGAUACGGCUGAGUUCCUUCGUUUACGGGAUGAUCUCGUAUGGAAGGACGACAGGCUGUCAAGCCUUCCAUUCGAGAACUUGGGCAACGGUGCGCUUUCCGCUGAGGAAGUUCGUGCUGCCGGCUCGCCUGGCAUUCCGCGGCUCAGUCGACUUCGGUUCGCUGGAUUCUUGUCGAUGUUCGCCGGCCAGCUGA